CUUUAGAUCUGUUAGGAGAGGUUUUGUUGGUUGGAGUUGAUUGUUUUUUCAGAUACCCAGUUGGUGGCAUUCAGACCCAGUUAAUCUAAUGUGAAUCUGAGACGCAAGGCAUCUGGGUUUUGGAGAUUGUGUGAGGAAAGUUUCGUUCUUGGAUAGAAAAGGGUGUUUCUGGAUCUGACCCAGAAGGUGAAUUAUGCCUUUGGAGGAAGGGAAAGAUCCUGCUGUUACAAGCAGGCAAAACCAAGCUAAAAACUUGCCCUUUAGGGUGCUUCAAUUAUUUGGAUUGUUUCUUGCUCUGUGCCUCGCAUUUUCAGUCGUCAGUAUAUAUACAAUCCGGCAUUUUGGAAUUUAUAAUGUGGUGACUACAGUGAAUUCUAGUAUUGUGCCAUGUGAAGAAGAAUUGAAUGGUUUGGAGCGUUGGGUAAAACCUCCAUCAAAUCUGCUUCACAAUAUGAGUGAUAAAGAGCUGUUCUGGAGGGCAUCUCUGGUGCCUAGAAUAAAGAUGUACCCAUUUAAGAGAGUUCCAAAGAUUGCAUUUAUGUUCCUCACUAAGGGUCCCAUGCCACUUGCACCUCUUUGGGAGCGGUUUUUCAAGGGGUAUGAAGGGCUUUACUCAAUCUAUAUUCAUUCACUGCCAUCGUUUGAAGGCAAGUUUCGAUCUACUUCUGUUUUCCAUGGGAGACAAAUUCCAAGUCAGGUCGCAGAGUGGGGAAAGAUGAGCAUGUGUGAUGCAGAGAGAAGGCUCCUUGCUAAUGCAUUGCUUGACAUAUCGAAUGAAUGGUUCAUUCUACUCUCUGAAUCUUGCAUACCCCUAUACAAUUUCAAUUUCAUCUACCACUACAUAAAGAAAUCCAAGUACAGCUUCGUGGGUGCAUUUGAUGACCCUGGGCCAUUUGGUAGAGGACGUUACAAUUUGAACAUGGCCCCUGAGGUGAUCAUUACCCAGUGGCGGAAGGGUUCACAGUGGUUUGAAAUUAACAGAAAGCUUGCAAUCAACUUGGUGGCAGAUUCUACAUACUACCCUAAGUUUGAACAAUUCUGUAAACCAGCAUGUUAUGUAGAUGAGCACUAUUUCCCCACCAUGUUAACUAUUCAGGCGGCAGAUCUCUUGGCAAAUAGAAGCAUUACUUGGGUGGACUGGUCAAGGGGUGGGGCUCAUCCAGCAACAUUUGGAGGAGCAGAUAUCUCAGACGGCUUCUUUAGGAGAAUUUUCAAGGGUCGCAAUUGCACCUAUAAUAAUCGACCUUCUUCGGUCUGUUAUCUGUUCGCCAGAAAAUUUGCUCCAAGUGCUUUGGAGCCUCUGUUAAAUCUAGCUCCAAAGGUUUUGGGCUUCUAAGAGUUGCAUAUACCUCACAGUUUUAGUUCUUGAAGCAAAACUAAUGCAGCAGAGGCAGGAGCAGGGUAGUUAAUGGGACCAUGCCAAACUCAUUCUCAUAUACUUAAAUUAACUCCUCUGUCACGGAUUUCCCCUCCGUGAGGAUAUGAUUUAGUCUUUUUACUUACACACUUUGAACUCUUUGGCAAUCCCAUCCAAAACCAUCCUGCUAUAUAUGUACAGAAACUGAUUGCCAGUGGUGUUUUGAUAACAAUUUUGUAUUGAAAGUAGGACCAUAUGAUAUUCUGAACGCUUUUUUGUCACUCUUUAAUUUAUUAUAGACUCGAUAAUUUUAUUUUG